GUUUUCCAGGGCAGGAUGUUUCUAGUGGGACUGACAGGUGGCAUCGCAUCCGGAAAAAGCACAGCAGUAGCCAUGCUGAGGGAACUGGGCUGUGCCAUUAUUGAUGCUGAUGUUCUAGCCAGGCAAGUGGUCCAGCCUGGCUUCCUGGCAUACCAACGUAUUGUGCAGUCCUUUGGUCCUGAAAUACUGUUGGAGAAUGGUGAGAUCAACCGUGAAGCUCUAAGAAACAUAAUUUUCUCACAGCCAGAAAAACGUCAGCUGCUGAAUUCCAUCACUCACCCUGAGAUCCAGAAGGAGAUGCUUAAACAGAUCUUGAAAUACUUUGUGUUGGGCUACCAGUAUGUGAUCCUGGAUAUGCCCCUCCUCUUUGAGACCAACACCCUGACUAGGUUCAUGAGAUACACAGUUUUCGUGUACUGUGACGCACAAACCCACAAAAAACGUCUGAUGAGCAGGGAUGGGCUGACUCCGACAGAGGCACAAGCAUGCCUUGCUGCCCAGCUGCCCCUCUCCCAGAAAGUCGAGCUGGCCGACCACGUCAUCGACAGCUCGGGAGACACGGAAGCCAUGAGAAGGCAGGUCCUGAAGCUGCAUGCUGCACCGGAGGACUCCUUGGACUUCGUUCUGGUGCGCCUGUUGGCAGCUGCAGCAAUGGCUGGGAUCAGCGGCCUUCUGUAUUUCCUCCUGUGGAAACUCAUGUCUUAACUUGCCUUUCUGUCUUGAUACUAUUGGACCAAAUGCUCUGUGUUGGAAGAUGAAAUAGAAAUCCAGACACUUCA